CGCUGUUGCUUGGGGGUUUCCCCUGAGAAACAGCCCCCACUCUCUCUCCCCAUCACUCCAGGGGAACCAACCAACUAGUGAAAAACAUCAUACUUAUCUGCUUCUCUUCCAUUUCAUUUCAACGUGACCAUGUUCUUGCAAAUUUUUUUCCCAGCAUAACAACAUUUGUCUUCCUUUUAUUAAUCUACACUCCUACCUAAUCUCACCACGUUUUCUUUGACCUAAAAUAUCAUCGUUUUUCCCAGUCUUCUGUCUGUCUUCCACAGUCUUCUGUUUGUCACCGUAGAUGGAGAAGCUGAGGAGUUUCUCCAUUAAAACCACUAGAUUCUUGCUGUUUGCUUUCACAAUCUCUUCCUCCGUCAUUUUUCUAAUCUUCUUCUCCCUCUGGCUUAUUAGGGCUACUUCUUCUGUUCACCAACAAACCCAUUUUAUGUUCAACACGCCCACUCAAAGUCUAGGCCUCAAGCCCUUAACUCUUCAGACUUCGACCGCUUCCACUAGAAAUUUCUCAGCAAUUCUGAUUGAUACCCAUUUCACGACACCAGAAAAUAGGUCCCGGUUUGCUAAUGUUCCAAGAUUUCAGACCAAGGAAGGUGGUACGGAAGUGUCAGGCCAUGGGAAUAUUGCGAAUUUUGCUAUAAAUGGAACUUCCAUCAGUAAUCGUGUCGCGAAAUCUGAAAAUACUUACGGGUUUGCUCAAGGUUCAAUUGCGGGGUUGCUUAAGAGAAGGGAAAAUGAGUCCGAAGUAUCAGAUAAUGGAAUAUACCAAGGAGCUGCUGGAAAUGGUAAAUCGACAAGUACGCAAAAGAAUGUUUUUUAUAAUUUGCCUGAGAAAAAUGAAGUUUCAAGUGGAGAGAUAAUCGAAGACCGCAAAAGUAGAAAUUGUGAUGUUACCAAAGGGAGGUGGGUUUCUGAUGAGAACUACGCUCUGUACACAAAUGUUUCAUGUCCCUUCAUAGAUGAAGGUUUUGAUUGUCAAGGUAAUGGCAGAUUGGAUAAAGAGUACAUGAAGUGGAGGUGGCAGCCUCAAGAUUGUGACAUUCCAAGGUUCAAUGCAACGAAAAUGCUAGAACUGAUUAGGGGGAAGAGACUAGUUUUUGUGGGGGAUUCAAUUAACAGAAACCAAUGGGAAUCCAUGCUGUGUCUGCUAAUGGGAGCAAUCAAAGAUCCGAAGAGGGUGUACGAGACUCGUGGGCGGAGGAUCACCAAAGAGAAGGGAGAUUACAGUUUCAAGUUUGUGGAUUAUAAGUGCACAGUCGAGUACUAUGCAACCCAUUUCUUGGUUCAUGAAAGCAAGGCAAGGCUCGGCAAGAAACGGGUGCAAACCUUGAAGAUUGACACUAUAGAUAAGGGCUCAUCGAGAUGGAGAGGAGCUGAUAUUCUGGUCUUCAACACUGCACAUUGGUGGACUCAUUUCAAAACAAAAGCUGGGAUCAACUAUUACCAGGAAAGGGGCCAAGUUCACCCUCAUCUUGAUGUUUCAACAGCUUUCCAAAGGGCUUUAGUAACAUGGGCUUCAUGGGUUGAUAAACAUACCAAUCCAGGAAAAAACCAAGUUUUCUUUCGAAGUUCUGCCCCUUCCCAUUUCAGAGGAGGCCAGUGGAAUUCCGGUGGUCACUGCAAAGAAGCUACUGAACCACUUCCCAAAAUUUCAAGUUUCAACUACCCUGAGAAGAAUUCUAUUGUGGAGAAGGUCAUAAAGCAGAUGAAAACUCCGGUAACUUACUUGAAUGUAACCAGUUUAUCCGAGUACAGAAUCGAUGCUCACCCAUCUGUAUAUGGUAGAAAAUUUCGUAAGAGCUACUCUUCUAGCUUUCAAGACUGUAGCCAUUGGUGUCUUCCUGGCGUUCCAGAUACCUGGAAUGAAUUGUUGUAUUACCAUUUGCAUUUUGAAAGAAGAGAAAUGUGGUAGAGCAGAAGUUGUCAGAUUGCCUAUUAGUUUGUUUCUUUGUCACCUGUUGUCUUGGGAGUUAGCUUGUAAAUGUUCAUUAGGGUUCAUGUAAAUGUCCAAUUUAGGGGCAAUCAAGGGAUCAAGUGGUGCACUUACAUUAGCCUACAUAAAGAUUUGUUGCAUUUUAAAGAUAACUGAUUGAAGCUUCUAAUCAUCACCUUACAAUUUGAUCAUGAGACAUAAAAAGUUACAGAUGCUUUUGAACAAGAGGAAAGGGAACACACAUUCACACAACGACAGGUAUCCAAUAAGGUUUUCAUAAAGGUUAGAUCUACCACACACUCCGUAAUUAGAUCUAGGGGACACAAUCAAAAGAAUUAGAAAAACAACGAAUUGUCAAAGGAACUUCCAAGUGGAAAGGGAAUGAAUUGGAGUCCCUUUCCAUCCCACAGUUAGGCACUUCCCAUCAUUCUCUAGAGUGCAAUAACUCCCAAAGGCAAACUGCUUGACAAUCAAAUUAGCUUGGUACAAAGCUGACUCACUGAGUUCAGCUCCCACCAUUCCAAACCUAGCAAAGAAUGCCCUCCAUACACUCAUCUUCACAUUCCUAUUGACCCUUUCCUCACCUUCAGCUGCAACUAUAUUAUGGAUCACAUCACCGAAAAACUUUCCCUCAAGUGUGAUUCUGUACUGAUCGUCUUGAUUUCCAAAUUCCUCCAAACAAUCGAAAAGGGCACUAUAGAAGAAAAGUGCCUCAAUGAAGCGAUUGAAAAACGAAGGCGAAUUGUGAUUUGCUUCGACUUCAAUGACUACCAUUAUGGCUGGAUUAAGCUUCCUUAUCACUCCCAUGAGAUUUUCCAAACAGUUAGGCCUUGAGAUCAUUGAUGGAAGUAUGGUUUGAGAGUAAAUAACCACAGCCUCACCAUCUUCUGUAUUGAAAUGUUCCGUCGUAAGGUCCUUAAUGUCUGAUAAGAGAACUACGUUAAAUGAGAAAGGCAAGUUCAGGGACUCGGCAAAAUUUGCUAACCUCUUUCCCGUUUCCUCCAUAUUCUCUCCACCUGUUGUCCCCACUGCAGUUAUCUUUAGAUUCUCAAUUGGGUGCAAAACUCGUUCUGUUAGAGCUUGCAUCAAGAUCACCCAUUGUACGCCACUCCUGAUUCGGAGAUCAACCAAAUGGAUCUUGGUAUCCGAUUUAAUGUUUUCUAAAAUCGCUUGAAUUCCGGGAAAUAGCAUGACCUGAGAAAAGGGGAGUUCCUGGUGGAAUUUCAACAACGCAAGGUUCGAACUCACGCGUGUCCCUGAGCCUGCCAUACUGUAAUUAUCAUUCCCCUCCAUUUUCCAUGAUGCGAAUCUUCCUGUUUCCCUAUCAAUCCUCUCCCUCAGCGCUCCAGCAAAGUAGGAAACAACUCUCUGGACAGGAUUGCCUGUGGCCGAAGAUAACCAUUCGCAGCUAGUGAGCAAUCUGCUCGCGCUGGCAAACUGCUGAUACCCCACCUUCUCAGCUGCAGCUAGAAGGAGGUGGACUAGUUCCACAUCUUGGGUGUCUUCGAAAGAGAGACCAGAGAAAGCAUAACCAUACGGGUGGAUAUGCAUCGAGGAGGAACCAUCAACUCUUUGGGUAGACAACUGUAUGAACCUCUCUCCGGCCACUCUCAUGAUUUCUUCAGUCGACAAUUUAUGGCCGCCUGCAUAGCUAAUCUCAUAAUCGCUACGAAUUUCUCCCUUCAACUUCUCGAUUCCGCUAGCGGAAUUUGUCAGGAGCUGUAAAGAUACUACAGAAAAGGAAGACUGCUCCUCCUCCCCCAGGAUUUCCGAAAGUGAUUGGUUGGCUGAUAGGAAAGUGGGGUCAAACUCGAAACCACUCAAUAUGCCAGGGCUGUAAAUUGGUGGUGAUGGUGCAAAUUCUGGAAAUGAGGGUUCAAUAUCUCUGGCGAAAUUUACUCUCUUACCAGGUGGGUUGUUUUCCUGGUAAAAGCCAUAUUCAGAACAAAAUGAAUGAGUAGCUCCCAAAUUUUCGAUACCUGAUAAUUCUUCUUGUUUCCUUUUGCUGAAAGAUUCUUGUUUUUCAAACCCAGUGAACGAAUUGUAACUGCGGUAGAUUUCACUGAUUCCGAAUGAAGGGAAAGAGCACGGGGAAUUUGCCAUAUUGAAGUAGCUAG